CUGCGGGGCCGCGAAAUGGCGGCGGGGCCAAAAUGGCGGGAGCGAGGGGGGGCACGGGCUGUUCCCGCCCCGCCGCCAGGGGGCGCCCGCGCCGCGCCGCCGCCUCACGUGCCUCUCUCCCCCUCCCCCCGCCUUCCAGCCCCCGCGUCACGUGGUGGCGUCCCGCCUCCCGCGGUCCCGGCGGGAGCAGCCGGCGGAACGGGCCGCGCCGCGGGGUCUAUGGGGAAAGCGGCUGCGCUGUGCGGCGGCGGCAACAGCAGCACCCGCGGGCUGGUGUCUCUCCUCAGCGCCGUCCCUUGCUUGGCCUGCCACGAGCUGCCGGCCAUGAGCGGGGAGCCGGGGGGCCGGGGCGGCGGGGGAGCGGCGGGGGGGCCGCCCGCCGCCCCGGGCUCCGAUACGUACAAGGGCUGGCUCUUCAAGUGGACCAACUACCUGAAGGGCUACCAGCGCCGCUGGUUCGUGCUCAGCAAUGGGCUGCUCAGCUACUACAGAGGAUCUUCAACUGUCAGGAGUGAUGGCUCUUGGAAACAUGUGAAAAACACACAGUCCUGGUUCAGAAGAUGGGCCGAGUUUGGGACACAAGCAGAAAUGGCCCACACGUGUCGCGGGACCAUCAACCUGUCCACGGCUCAUAUCGACACAGAGGACUCGUGUAACAUCGUGCUUUCCAACGGGGGAAGGACGUACCACUUGAAGGCGAACUCAGAGGUGGAGAGACAGCGCUGGGUGACGGCGCUGGAGCUGGCCAAGGCCAAGGCCAUCCGCAUGAGGAACAACCAGUCAGAUGACUCGGGUGACGAGGAGCCCGCCUCGCAGUCAGACAAGAGCGAGCUGCACGGCACCUUGAAAACCCUCUCGAGUAAGUUGGAGGACCUGAGCACUUGCAAUGAGCUGAUCGCCAAGCACGGGGCCGCCCUGCAGCGCUCGCUCAGCGAGCUGGAGAACCUGAAGCUGCCGGCCGAGAGCGGCGAGAAGAUCAAGGCGGUGAAUGAACGAGCCACGCUCUUCCGCAUCACCUCCAAUGCUAUGAUCAAUGCUUGCCGCGAUUUCCUGGAUUUGGCCGAAACCCACAGCCGAAAAUGGCAGCGGGCGCUGCAGCAUGAGCGGGAGCAGCGGAUCCGGCUGGAGGAGACCAUCGAGCAGUUAGCCAAGCAGCACAACAGCUUGGAGCGUGCCUGCCGUGGGGCGCCCGGCCUCUCCGCCGCCAGCACCGGCAUCACCAGCACCGCCAAGGCUGGGAGUGUGCAGUCUGCGAAAGGAGAGGCCAGUGAUGAAGAUGAAGAGACAGAGUAUUUCGAUGCCAUGGAGGAUGCACCAGCUUUUAUCACUGUAACCGCAGACCCCAAGCACCACAGGCGUUCGGGCAGUAACGUGAGCGGGGCCAGCGAGGGCCACCCCGAGGACUGGAACCUGGAGGACAGUGUCUUUGAAAGCUCAAAUCAAAGCAGCUACAAUGAGUCCACUUGCAAAGAUCACCUGCCGAAGAAAAGGAGACGGACUCGCAUCCCUGACAAACCCAACUACAGCCUUAACCUGUGGAGCAUCAUGAAGAACUGCAUCGGCAAAGAGCUCUCCAAGAUCCCCAUGCCCGUGAACUUCAACGAGCCGCUCUCCAUGCUGCAGAGGCUGACCGAGGACCUGGAGUACCACGAGCUGCUGGACAAAGCGGUCAAGUGCGAGAGCUCCACAGAGCAGAUGUGCUUCGUUGCUGCAUUUUCAGUGUCUUCCUACUCGACCACAGUCCACCGCACCGCAAAGCCAUUCAACCCGCUGCUGGGGGAAACCUAUGAGCUCGACCGGCUGGAGGAGUUGGGUUUCCGAUCCCUGUGUGAGCAGGUGAGCCAUCACCCCCCGGCAGCCGCCCAUCACGUCUACUCCAAGCGAGGGUGGACGUUGUGGCAGGAAAUCACCAUCGCCAGCAAGUUCAGGGGCAAAUACCUCUCCAUCAUGCCACUGGGUGCCAUCCACCUCGAGUUUCACUCCAGCGGGAAUCACUACGUCUGGAGGAAAGUCACCUCAACCGUGCACAACAUCAUUGUGGGCAAGCUCUGGAUUGACCAGUCUGGUGAAAUAGAGAUUGUUAACCAUAAGUCAAAAGAUAAAUGCCAGCUGAAAUUUACCCCCUACAGCUACUUCUCCAGGGACGUCCCCCGAAAGGUGACAGGGGUGGUGAGCGACGCCGACGGUAAAGCCCACUAUGUCAUGUCCGGCACGUGGGACGAGAAGAUGGAGUGCUCCAAGAUCGUGCAGAGCAGUCACGGCAGCACCAGCAUGGAGGGCAAGCAGAAAACUGUCUAUCAGACGCUGUCCCCAAAGGUCCUGUGGAAGAAGUACCCCCUCCCGGAGAACGCCGAGAACAUGUAUUUCUUCUCGGACCUGGCCCUGACGCUGAACGAGCCCGAGGAGCGCGUGGCGCCCACGGACAGCCGGCUGCGGCCCGACCAGCGCCUCAUGGAGAGCGGCCGCUGGGACGAGGCCAACGUGGAGAAGCAGCGGCUGGAGGAGAAGCAGCGGGCCGUGCGCCGGCGGCGCGAGGCCGAGGCCGUGGAGGCCCUGGAGGAAGGCAAGGACUACGAGGGCUACAUCCCGCUGUGGUUCGAGCGCAAGGUGGAUGCUGUGACGGGAGAGCUGAUCUGCGUCUACAAGGGCGGCUACUGGGAGGCCAAGGACAAGCAGGACUGGAGCAUGUGCCCCGACAUCUUCUGAGCCGCCCGGCUCACACCGGGGCGGCCGACCCCGCGCCUCGGCUCACCGGGACAGGCAGAGGGACAGAGGGGACACGCUGGCAGCGUCCCGCCGGCAGCUCACAGUGCAAACACACACAGAGUCAAUACGUGCGGAAAUUUGAAAAGCAAAUCUCAACAGGGAUUCCAAACCUAUUUUUUUAUGCACUAAUAAAUAGCAUCCUUUUUUUUUAAUGAUGGCUUUUUCAGCGACUAAAUAGGAACGAGGACACGUGGAUCUGGUUUGUUUUUAGCCGAACAUAUUUAUUGCUAUCAGGAGUUGCUGCCUAUAUCUUUCAGCGCCUCAGCUUUAUCGGCUGAGACGUUGACUUCCAAAGAUACUCACGUUGUGGGGAUGCCGUGCAUCUGUGUGGGCUCUUUUCUUUCACAUUAUUUUUCCCCCCAUUUGUGUGUGGACUUUAUGGAUUUAUUUUUUUUAAAAAAGGCUGCUCUUGGUUCAGGUUCCUUCACAGACGGACAAAACCAACCUUGUGUCCUGCUCAGAAAACUAUCUCCAGGGGCCGUGGCGCUUGAUCCUGGAGGCUCUUGGUGGUUCCUGCAGUGCCCAGUCAUCCCAGUAACACCAAUUAGGAUAUUUCAGCUUUUUUUUUAACCUGUUUUUCUUUUCAAGAAGUGUUUGAGCAGAUUCCCCACAGUCUGCUGUGUUUAGUCAAGGCUUGGGACUGUCUUUAACACGAUGCUUUGUGAGAGUGAUUUGAGUGAGGUUGGUUUGGUUUGGUUUUCCUGCAACCACAUCCACAGGGGGAAAUGGCCUCGCCGAGGCUGGAGCGCCUGGCAGACCCAGAGCGCAGCGGUUUGCGGACCAGCGAUGCUCCGGCCCCGCGUACCGGUUCCCCCGACCUCGGUGCCGGGUUUGCGGCCGCGUCUCCCUGCAGAGCUGGCCUGACGCCGGGCAGGAGGAGGAGCGAUGCUGCGGUGCUGCUGGGAUGGAGCAUCUCUGGGAUGGAGCGUCCCUGGGAUGGAGCAUCUCUGGGAUGGAGCAUCCCUAGGAUGGAGUGUCUUUGGGAUGGAGCAUCCCUGGGAUGGAGCAUCUCUAGGAUGGAGCAUCUCUGGGGUGGAGCGUCCCUGGGAUGGAGCAUCCCUGGGAUGGGGCAUCUCUGGGAUGGAGCGUCCCUGGGAUGGGGCAUCUCUGGGGUGGAGCGUCCGUGGGAUGGAGCAUCCCUGGGAUGGAGCAUCCCUGGGAUGGAGCAUCCCUGGGAUGGGGCAUCUCUGGGGUGGAGCGUCCCUGGGAUGGAGCGUCCCUGGGAUAUGGGGCAUCUCUGGGGUGGAGCAUCCCUGGGAUGUAGCAUCUCUGGGAUGGAGCAUCUCUGGGAUGCAGCCCGGUCCUGGGUCUCUCACCCCAUGAAGCCAGACAGGUCUGGGUGCAUCCCCCAGUGUGGGGGUCACAGGCCGAGCCUGGGGGGUGCCGGGCUCUGCUUCUCAUCCUCCCUUGGGGCUGGUCUGUCCCAGGAGCAGUUUCAGGUCACUAAAGCAGCCUGAGCACAGGGCAGGGGGAGCCCCAUGUUCCUGCUCACCCCUCUGGCCCCGCAGGAGGAGCAGAGCGAGCCCUGACCGUGUCAGGAGCCAUCGCUUGGGUACUGGCCAUGUGGGCAAUACCGCCGGUCCCCAGCGCCAGAGGGUGGCAGGACGCUGAAGAUGGGAUCUGCUGGGCCAGGGAGUGUCAAGGAGACCUGGGCACCUGCAUUUGCUCCAUCAGAUCUCAUUUUUAGUGUCUUCUUCUCCGUGUCCUCGUCGUGUCACACUGACUGCUGCCUCCCGCGGGUCAGAGGCCACCCCCAGCUGGACUGUCACAUCCACCUUGGAAGAUAAUUAGCAAUAACGAACUUUGAGGCAAUGGUAACUGGAAUACCCAGGCUGCACAUGGGACACCUACGCAAUCAGGUUCCUCAACCAUCCGUCUCCUCCUGGUCGGCUUCUCCAGCACCUCCAUACCCGUGAUUUACAGCAAACCUACGUGUGCAGUAGCUCUAGACCUUGUACGGCGUAACCGUAGUGAGUGACUGUUGGAGUGGCAACGCCCACUGAUUCACUAUACCCUUUAAUCUUAUUUAUUUGCUUCUAAUUUAUAUAUAUAUAUAAAAAUAUAUAUAAAAUUAUUUUGCUUAAAUUUCUAUGGUACACAAUAGAUGAAAAAUAAUGAAGACAGAA